AUGGACGGCGACAGUGUGCAAUCGAUGAGUGACUUUAAACAACAAGUGGCCGCCGUGCCGCAGUACGGUUUAAAGCUCAAGUUCAACCAUGUCUUUGGUGACACGCGUAACCAAAAUCUGCGCCCAUCCAUUCGUCAGCUGCUGCCCAUCGUUCCGAUGGCUUUGAGAUACAUUCCCUAUUACUGGAAGGUUUCGCGCGAGGGCCGCCAGGUGCUGAUGGACUACUGGUACACGGAGAACGGCAAGCAGAUCUACGGUGCACCGCUCGGUGGCAUUGGCGCCGGUACGAUUGGGCGCGGGUUUGCCGGCGAGUUCUGCCGCUACCAGCUAAAGCCGGGCCUGUACGAGUACAACACCGUACACGCCAAUCAGUUCAUCGUAACCAUUAAGGACGAAGCUGGCGCCACCAUAUUCCACAGUCUGCUGUCGACCUACAGUCAACGUUCCACUAACGAGCAUACUACAUCGAACCGUGGUUCUGCCAAAUCGCGUCGUUACAGCCGGCCCAAAAAUCCACUCGGCAGCUGGGAAAGUGCGCUGGAUGCUGGCAAGUGCAGCUACACGGCCCUGUAUCCACGUGCCUGGUCCGAGUACGAUCUGAGCGAGCACGGCAUCCGGCUGGUGCAGCGACAGAUUUCACCGAUCAUUCCGCAUGACUACAAGGAAAGCUCGCUCCCGUGCGGUGUGUUCGUGUGGACGGUCGAGAACGUGUGCGACAAGGAUCGGCAGGUGACGCUUACGUUUACGUUCAAGAACGGUACCGGUACGAAAAAGCAGGACGCUGAGGGAGCCAGCGAGACGAGCGCGUUUACUCAGGGCAAUGCACGUGGCGUUUCGAUACGCCAAACGAUUGCCGAUAUGCAAUGUACGUACUGUGUGAGUUGCCGUAGCUCGUCCGAAAUCAAUUUGACCCGUUGCGAGCGGUUCGAUCCGACCGGAAAUGGGGAAAAGCUGUGGAACGAUCUGAAGGAGCAUGGCCAUCUGACGGAGAAAUCCAACGAUGAGACACUGAAGUCGAAAGACGUUGCCGUUGCCGUGAGUGGACAGAUACUUGUACAGCCCGGCACCACAUCUCAGCUAGAAUUCGCGCUCGUGUGGGACAUGCCGAAGGUACAUUUUCAGAAGCGUGGCAAGGAAUAUCAUCGCUACUACACGAAGUACUUCGGCAAGAGUGGCGAUGCGGGGCCGAUGAUUUCGGACUAUGCGCUUACCAAUUACGGAAAGUGGGAAAGAUUGAUCGAUGAAUGGCAACGACCAAUACUGGAUGAUGCAGAUCUUCCGGAUUGGUACAAAAGUGCAAUCUUCAACGAGCUAUACUUUAUAGCAGACGGUGGCAGUGUGUGGUUAACGAUGGACGAUCAGUCCGAUCUGCCGUACGAUGAUCCUCGGCUGGCGUAUGGGCGUUACUCCUACCUAGAGGGCCACGAGUACCGCAUGUACACAACGUACGAUGUGCACUUCUAUGCAUCGCAUGCAUUAGCGAGCCUGUGGCCCAAUUUACAGGUUAGCAUCCAGUACGAUUACAAGGAUAGUAUAGAGCGUGAAAUUACCGAAGGAAGAAAGCAUCUGUACGAUGGAAAAGUGAUUCCGCGAAAGAUAAAAAACUCUGUGCCGCAUGAUCUCGGAGAUCCUGCGGAAGAACCGUUUGAUCUUAUCAACGCUUACCCAAUCCAUGACGUGUCCGAAUGGCGUGAUCUAAACAUCAAGUUCAUACUGCAGGUAUAUCGCGAUUACUACACGCUCAAUCACUACGCCCAGCUAAACGCGGAAAAUGCGAGCAAAUUCAGCUCGAUCGAGUUCAUCGACAAGGAAAGCAUGUACGACACGUACAUACAAGAUAAUCGCAACAAACCGAACGGAGGCAACUCACCAACUGACAACAAGGCCGCAAACCGCAAAUCGGCCUCGAUGUACAUCAACGAAACGAACGGCAAGGUGUAUCUGAUGGAUGCACUCACCUAUCUGAAAGCGAUGUACCCCGCGUGCCGAACGGUCCUCGAACGUUCGCUCGAAUGGGACAAGGACGAUGAUGGGUUGAUCGAAAACAGUAAAUCCCCGGACCAAACGUACGACACGUGGGUGAUGGAUGGUCCAAGCGCGUACUGUGGCGGGUUAUGGCUUGCCAGCCUUCACUGCAUGUCUACCAUGGCAAGUUUGCUCGACCAGACCGAGGAUAGUGAUCGUUACAAAGCGAUCCUCGACAAAGGGCGUACCUCGUUUGAGGAAAAGCUUUGGAACGGUACGUACUAUCGGUUUGACGCACAAAGUGGUUCGAAGAAUAGCAUCAUGUCGGAUCAGCUGUGCGGACACUGGUAUCUACGGGCGUGCGGAUUUGAUUAUGAUGUGUUUCCGAAGGAAAAUGUUCGGUUAGCGAUGCGCACCAUUUACGAGAACAAUGUUAUGCGAUUCUGUGGCGGACAGCUCGGUGCGGUCAAUGGGUACGUACCGAGCGGGCAACCGACCAAGGAAGGACGUCCGGAUACGUCCACUAUCCAGGGCGAGGAGGUAUGGACGGGUGUUACUUAUGCGCUUGCCUCGACCAUGAUACACGAGGGUAUGUUCGAGGAAGCGUUCCAAACGGCGGGCGGACUAUAUCAGGCACUGUCCGAGCGGAUCGGCAUGAACUUUGAAACGCCAGAAGCGCUGUACGCGGAGCGACACUACCGUGCGAUCGGUUAUAUGCGCCCGCUCAGCAUAUGGUCAAUGCAGACGGCGUGGGAAAUGAAGAAGCUGCGUCGUGAUUAA